UGUACCCACCCUGCAGCCACAACAUGAGCCUACGGAAACUCAGUUUGAAGUGGUUUGGUAGCCUCACCAACCUCUCCUUUCGCCGCUCCACUGAGAAAUCAGACUCCAAGUCCUCUCCGUCCAAGUCUGGAGCUGGAUAUGUACCUGGAGAUGUCUGUGGUGCAGCAGUCCUGGCUCCAGUUGUUGAGGCAACAAUGGAUGACAUGGAUGCCAUGCGACCUCGCACUGCCAGCUAUGUCCGCUCCAGUGAGAGCUACACACACAUGGGCACACUGCCCCGGCUACUGAUGAAGAAGAGAGACAAAGGCAAUAAAGGAGGCUCCAGCAGCAAUAAGAAAACUAAAGACAAGAGCAUCAGCAGGAGUCAAAGCCAGCGACCUGCAGGGGACCAAGACCGUUCACCCCUGAGGCUCACAGCUGCCUCAUCCAAAGCAGCCAGGGAUGAAGCUGGAGCUAAAGCUGACACUGGGCUCACUAAAGACUGUCUCACUGAUCCAAAGACCCAGCUGGGACCCACAGAUCAAACUACUGCCACAAACACCCAAAACACCAUCUCUGGACCUGUAGCUGUCAGGGAAGAUGUGUCGCCAUCUGGUGGCUCAAGUUCUGCACUCCAACCAGAGACUUCUGACAAGCAGGGCAUCACCCAGACAGGUGCAGACUUAAACCCACAUCCUCUCAGCCCAGGGAGUGAUCAGACCAGGACUCAUGAGGAUGAUGGGUUAGAGUCCAGGCCUGUGUCUGAACCAAAGGAGGAGGCUGAGAGCAGAGAGCUGACAGAGGGAGCGGACAGUGGAAACCAAAACUCUGACAGCACUCACAGCCACAUGGAGCCAGCAGAGAGCCAGGCGGAAUAUGUGCAGUUCUCCAAGGAGAAGUACCUGCUGGAGUCUCCCCCCGAGAAACUUCGUAAGGAGCUGGAGGAGGAGCUGAAACUGAGCGCUGCUGACAUCAGGAGCCAUGGCUGGUACCAUGGACACAUACCCAGAGAGGUGUCAGAGACUCUGGUUGUGCGUAAUGGAGACUUCCUGGUGCGUGACUCUCUGACCAGUGUGGGUGACUACGUUCUGACCUGUCGAUGGGAUAAUGAGGUGCUGCACUUCAAGAUCAGCAAAGUCCUGGUCAAAUCCAGUGAGACCAAGGUACAGUAUAUGUUGGAGUCCGACAGCUUUGACUCGGUCCAGGAGCUUGUGCGGUUUUACGUGGGCCAGCGCAAACCUGUCUCCCAGUCCAGCGGUGUCCACAUCUACUGUCCGGUCAGCAGGACUCUUCCUCUGCGCUACCUGGAGGCCACCUUUGCUCUGGCCACCAGCAAGCAAGGCUCCGCCUACUCACCAUCCAGUCAGAGGGGAGCAUACAUCAAGAGGCGGAGCGUCACCAUGACCGAUGGGCUGACGACUGAGAAGAUGAUACCUCACAGUGACUCAGACAGUCCCAGUCCAGUUAGGACACCAGUGGCACCACCAGAACCAGAGCCGGAGCCUGUGCCCAACUGCAGCCCGUCAACAAUCCACCACCAUAAAGACGCAAUGCGGAACUGUGCGAUGAGCAUGGACCAGAUUCAGGAGUACCGCUGCCCCUUGUCACCUGUUGGGGAAACACCACUGUCUCCUGCAUACAGUGCUAUCACCAGGCAGAGGGCCCACUCAGGCGGGCGGGUCCUGGCUGUCGUCCCACCCUCCCCUGCUGUGAUGCGGCUUUCCAGCGACCCUCAGCUCAGCCCCUCAGCCGAUAACAACCCUCCAGAGCAUCCCGCGCACACAUCUCACUCGGCACACUCCACGCCCGCCCAUCACCCCAGCUACCAAUCACAUUCCUCGGAAACAGCAGGGAGCUACUGCGACCUCAGACCUUGCCCCGCUGGGCCCCCUAAACCCCCAACUAAGGGCUACGUGGAGCGAUUGCGAGUGGAAGAAGGGAGGGAGGACGGAGCGAGGGAGGAUGGAGAGGGGAUGUUUACUGCCCCACAGGUGGAGACAGCGUCCUCGUUCAGGCCAUCCAGGUACGAGUCUUGCCUUCUGCCAGCUGAGAAUAAGCCUCUGGAGAUGUCAGUGCUGAAGAGAGUCAAAGAGCUGCUGGCUGAGGUGGAUGCAAGGACCACGGCUAAACACAUCACCAUGGCAGACUGCACGGUGGCUCGAAUAUUAGGCGUAACCCCAGACAUGCAAAGGAUGAUGGGAGUAUCCUCAGGGUUGGAGUUACUGACAUUACCGCAUGGACACCAGCUAAGGCUUGACUUACUGGAGAGGUUCUACACCAUGUCUAUCAUGAUGGCAGUGGACCUGCUAGGCUGUACGGGAAGCACAGAGGAGAGGGCGGCGCUGCUGCACAAGACCAUCCAAUUGGCAGCAGAGUUGAAAAGCAACCUGGGGAACAUGUUUGGCUUUGCUGCUGUGAUGAGAGCCCUGGAGCUGCCACAGAUUUCCCGGCUGGAACAGACGUGGGUGACAUUACGCCAGAGACACACAGAGGGCGCCAUUCUAUAUGAGAAGAAACUCAAACCUUUCAUGAAGAAUAUGAACGACGGCAAAGAGUCGAAUGCCCUUUCCAACACCUCCCUACCCCACAUCAUUCCCGUCCUUUCCUUACUGGAGCGGGGCAUGGUUAUCGGGGACACGCUGGAGCCCUGGGAGAGUGCAGAAGUUGGAGUAGACGUGGUCAUGUACCACCUAGAGGCAGCCCGAACCAUCGCACAUCACGGGGGGAUCUAUAGAACCAACGCUGAGACCAAACUGCAGGGAUUCCAGGAGCGGGCAGAAAUCCGCGAGAUCUUCCAGACAGAAUUUCAGAUGCGUCUCCUAUGGGGCAGCCGCGGCUCUGAGGGCAGCCAAUCAGAGCGUUACGAGAAGUUCGACAAGGUCCUCACAGCUCUGUCACACAAGCUAGAGCCUCCUGUGCGCCACAGCGAGCUAUAGCAUCUGCCCCGACACCCACCGUCGCCAAAACACCCCCAUCUGCACUCACCACUCAUUGUGGUAUGGUCUUAUUUUGCAUCGCAGAGGAUGAUGUGGAAGAGUCCAGCAUGAACACUUGGGAGGGUGGAGAGUGAAUGAAGAGGCAGCUAACGGAGCAUGUGGAGUGAGCAAUAGAAAGAAGAGGGUCUCACUUGUAAAACGUGUUGCACUCACUGUGGACUUCUUUCUGUUCCUCCCUGUGGACUUCCUCACUUAGCGCUAAAAUAUUUAAAUGGCGUCUGGGAAGAGUCGAGCUAAGUGGAAAAGAAGACGGGGGAGGAGACUGACCAGCUCCUCUGCUUGGUACAAACAGUAACAUGUGUACGGAGCGUCCCGAGGGCCGAACAGAGCUGCAGAGUUUGGCUUUGCUCCAAUUUAAAACAAAAACAACAGACUCUCUCUUGUUGCAAACAACUGCUGUCACACACUGUAGCAGAAAUGCUAACAAUAACUUGCAUAGCUCAUAUAUAGAUGUUCAUAUGUGUGAUUGAGUGUGUGUGUGUGUGUGUGUGCGCGUGUAUGUGUGUUUACAUUCCUUCAUUUUUGUAAGUCAUUAAUGUUUCAUGUAUUUUUUUUUUUGUCUAUUUAUUUGUCAUGAUCAAAGACGAUCUAAACAUCAUGGACAUCGCUUCACCAAACUCAUGAGGAUCUGUCAGUGCUCAUUCGGAAGGAACCAUAUUCAUAAAACCUCAUUAAAUAUGUAUCAAGCAGUCCCAUUGAGUCCCAUUAAAAAUGUAUCAGGCAUGCAUUAAUAAAUGUAUCAGAAAUGAAACAUUUGCAGAAGUGAUGCAGCAACUUAAACACGAGGGCUUUGUGAGUUGUUAAAAAUGUUAAGAGGACAAAGCAGCUUCCCUCUGUUGUCGCUGUUUGACUAACACAUUUGAUAUUGUGUGUCUUGUGCACAAAAUAUUGCUAAUAAUGGCACUAAAGAGGCGGAUGUGUACUCUUUAAAUUUAGUUUAAGCAAUGUUUCACUUAGUGUAUAAACAUUUAUGAACAUAUGUUGGUACGACUCCAGCUUCAGUUUGUAAAGUUGCAGAAAUAACUGGUUGAUGCAUGCACCAAGUCAAAUGUUGCUUUAAACUACUGAUUUAAACAUAAUAUGUCAACUUGAGAAAUAUGCAGAUGAAAAUAUUUCAUGUCUGGAUAAUCCUGAAUGAUCUUGAAUGAUACCAAACUUUUUUUUCCAGUUUGAAAAUCAAUGAAUGAUACACAAAAUUCCCAAACACGGUGACCACAACCCUACCAGAGAAUGUCUUCUGGUCCUAUGUUCUGAGUUUGUGUCGCAGUAGUAGAGCUAAUCCUUUUAUUGCUAUGGGUUUUUAUUUCGGUUGACUGUUAGUGUUAAAUCAUCGCUGUAUUUGCAGCACGUGGGCUUGAGAGCGCUUUCGCCGACUCUCAGAGCUAUGCAAUCAUUUCAACCAAGGUUGAGACCCCUGAGAAACACCUAUUCACAAUACUCCCUCUUUGCCCCCUGACAUGUAUAAUCCUUUGUUCUUCCUAACUCUAUCCAAACUGAUAAUCUACAUAUGAACUACAGUCAUAUCAGAUAUCGAUCAAGCAGAAAAAAUUCUACAAAUAUCCGUCUACCCGAGAGUUGCAUAUCAGAGAUUCUUAAAUGGAUGUUUGAUUGUCUCGCUUUCUCGUCUGAGCCUGUACAGAGGAGCCAUGUGCCAGUUCCCACUGUGGUCCAACAGGGGGCGAUCUUUAGUCAGCAAAAAACUCAGAAUCAUUAAUUGUAAUAAAAACAACAGGAAUACAUACACACACACAUACACAAGAAAACACAUUUAUUCUAUGUGUUUUGAGACCAAUGUUUGAUAUCAGUGUUAUUAGAUAUCAAACCUACUGGUUUAGGUUUGGUAUCUGAUAACACUGAUGAUGAAAAAGUGAUGACGAUGAUGAUGAUGUAAUAUGUUUUUAUUUGUCCGCUGUUGUUGAAUGCUGUACAGGAAUGCUCUGACAGUGUGUGGAUUCUCCUGUUUUUUUUACAACAGGACUGUAUGAGAUGAACGCGAAAAGCAAAAAGACAAGAAAUGUUUCAGGACCGAUCUCAUGUUUUUUGUUUUUUACGUAUACUGUACAUAGCAAUUCACUUUUUUCAAAUAAAAUGAUUGCUUGUGUC